AAGUGGAGGCAGCUCAAACAACACCAAUAUGGUACAACAACCAUCAAGUAAGGUGAGAAAAUCCCAAAAGAAGAAAAACUCAGGAAAGAGAAGAGUCAAGAGGCAGAAGACAAGAAAGAUCAAAGUUAAGCAACGAGAGACAGUUGAAUUACAGAAGACAAGAGGCAUCAAGAGUCAGAG